AUGAGUUCAAUAAUUGAAAAUAUAUCAAAACAUUACAAAUGUGAAAAAGAUCGACUCAAGAUGCUGUUAAAACAUCUUAAAGAUUUGUUAAAAAAUGAAAUCGGCACUGGAUCUUCUGAUCCCACAAUUCAAGGAAGUUUGUUAUAUGUCUGUUAUUGGGCACAAAAUAAUUUCAAAAGCCUUAGAAAUUCAAGUAAUUGUCUCUCAAUCAUAGUUGCUGUGGUCAGUCUAUGGCUCUGUAUUUUGAGUGCAAUUUAUUUUGAAAAGAGUAUUAUUGACCCACUUAUGCUCUUUAUACCUAUUAUUCAAUCUCAUAAACAUAAAUACCUUCAAAUAGUUACAAGAUUAUUUGAAUCAUUGUAUCUUGCUGCUGAGUGA